AUGCCCUGUAGCUCGGGGCCCGGCCCUCGGUUACCGGGGAGGGGAGAGCGCGGCGGUGCGGCCCGGGGCCCGGCCCUCGGUUACCGGGGAGGGGAGAGCGCGGCGAGCGCGGCGGUGCGGCCCGGGGCCCGGCCCUCGGUUACCGGGGAGGGGAGAGCGCGGCGGUGCGGCCCGGGGCCCGGCCCUCGGUUACCGGGGAGGGGAGAGCGCGGCGGUGCGGCCCGGGGCCCGGCCCUCGGUUACCGGGGAGGGGAGAGCGCGGCGGUGCGGCCCGGGGCCCGGCCCUCGGUUACCGGGGAGGGGAGAGCGCGGCGACGCGAGACUGCAGCUGUUGGAGGAACUCAGAAUGUCGAGCAGCAGCUGUGGGGGAAAGGAAUUGCCAGGACCCUGCAUCAGAACUGGGUGUGGAGAGGGAAGGUAGCAGGUAUAAAGGGGGGAGGGGGUGAUAACGGGCAGAUGGUACCCAAACCCACCUGGCUCCAUCUGCCCAUCACCCCUCGCCCCUCCUCAGUUCACCUAUAACCCCUGUUUCGUCCCUCCCCUCCUCUUUAUACCAGCUACCUUCCCUCUCCACAUUCAUUCCUGAUCAGAAUCAGGAUUAUUAUCACUGACAAACGUCGUGACAUUUGUUGUUUUGCAGCAGCAGUACAGUGCAAGACAUAAAAAUUACUGUAAGUUGCAAAAAUAAAUAAAUGGUACA